GGGAGACCUGCCCUGGGGCUAGAGGGAGGAUGGGGCCUGCCUGGCCUGGGCUAGGGCGGAGCUGGGAGGGUCUUGGGCUGGGCUGGGCUGGGCUGGGCUGGGCUGGGCUGGGCUGGGCUGGGGGGCUGGUCCCGGGUUGGAGGAGGGCGUGUUGGGGAGCCUGCCUGGGUUCCUGGGAGAAUCUAGGCGUCUCACCUUGCCCCAGCGUGGGGGAUGGAUAGAUGCCUCCCAGCUGUUAGAAGAGGGAGACGUGUCUGGGACUGCUGGGGAAAUAGGAAACUUGUCUCUGAACUACUGAAUCCCAGAAAAGAGGACAUGUCCCCAGGGAGGUUUGCUGGGGGAAGGACCGGCAUGUCUAGGCCCUUGGGACAUUAGGCCUGCUCUUACCAGGGGCUGAUAAAAGGAUGUGGUAAUUGAAUAAGGGCUUUUGGGAGAAAAGAUUUGCCCCAAGGUUGGGAGACUGAGAACGAGGGUGUUGGACUGACAGGAGGGUGCCUUGUCGUGGGAUCUUGGGGGAAGUAAGGAUCUGUGUGGAGCUUCUCUGUUGAGUUCUAGGUCCGCUAGUAGGAAGACAUUCUGGGAAUUGGUGAAGAGAGGAGAUUUAAUAGUCUUUUCUUGGGACACAGUGAUUCCAGAAGUUGUAGUUGAGGAAAGUUGGUUGGAAGUGUUGAACUGUAUACAGUCAGUGGAGAAAGGAGGAGCUCUACUGUGGAGGUUGCUAGGCUACAAAGAGCUUGUAGGCAACGCCUAGGGCUGUUGAGAGAAGUUGGCGAUGCUUUCAAGUCCAAAUACAGGCUGAGCUGGGGCUUGUCCCUUGUUCAUGUCAUGCUGCUGUGGAGCCCUUAGUUUCCAGUAGUCUGUCUUGAGCAAAGAGUAUGAAUAGGUGCCGAGGACUAAGGAAAACAUUCACCCUUUGGGUCCUGAGAAGCAUUAGACCCAGAUCUCUAGGGUGGUAGCUUUCAAACUUAAAAAAAUAUAUAUAUAUAUGCCCCACAGUAAUAAGUAUGUCUUACAUUCAGAUCUAGUACAUACUUAGGUAUGAAGGGAAACUUUCACAAAGCAGUAUUUACCCUUAUUAUAUGUGAUGUGUUCUGCUAAUUUCUAUUAUAUUCCACCCUCUUGCAUUAAAAAAAAAUGCUGGCUGACAUUUACUAAAUUGAUGAUUUGUGGGUCACAACUUGCAGUUUGAAAAACACUGUUUCUGAAGCACAUUUAUUUGGUGUCAAUCAGUGUCCUCUUUCUGUAAGCUUCUAAAGAGCAGGGAUGAUUCUAAGGAGAUGGAAUUUUUUUUUUUUUUUUUUGGCCGGGGGAGAGGGAGGAGGGCAGCUAGGUGCAAUUGAUUGCUUCGGUUUAGAUGUUUAUACCACGUAGCAUAUUUGACCUGUGUUUUCUGAAGUACCAUAAUCUUGAUCUUUAAUAUCUCAAUGUUGCCUGAUCAUUUGAUUGAUGAAAUUUUGUGUAUGCGUGUGUGUUUUAGUUUUCUUUAUCCUUUGCUGUGUCUGAGAAAUAUGAGAGGCCUAGUUCCACUUAGUUGCUUUAUCACAACAUAGUUAAAGAAAUUUUAUUUUACUGUUCCAGUGUUGUGAAGAUACACUGAUUUUCUUUUCUGCUAUUUAAAAACAUCCCCGAUUCUUCUUACUGCAGUAAUUAUUAUGAUAUACUUUUUGCUACAUGAUGAAAAAUAUAUGAAAAAUACACGAUAAAAUAUAUACCAAAGCCAUAGACAUAUAUAAAAGCCUUACAGUCUACGGCUUUGGUAUAUAAACUUAAUCAUAAACCUAAGUAUAACUUUCAAUCAGUUAACAUCUUAAUUCCCCUUACAAAAAUUUUAGGUGGGGUCCUUAGAAAAAUAGUAUUAAUUCAUAAUAAACAUUAAUGACUGUUGGUGAACAAAGUGAGAGUCCUUCAUGUAAUGUUAAAUGUUGUAAUGUUAAAGUCCUUUGAAAAGUUGUUACAUAGCCUAUUGCUGCAGGACAUUGAGUGUCAAAGGAUGUUGUCUAAUUUCAGUAAGUACACAGGGUAUGUAUUUAAGACCAGUUUAAUAGCGUUUCUUUUUGUUGAGGAUGAGUUCAUAUUAUUUGUAACAUAGAAUUCAAAGACACGGUCAUCAGGACAGAAGUACCCAAGUUAAAACUUCAUCAGUGGGGUCACAUUCUUGAUCAAAUGCUUUAUGAAAACAUUCUAUCGUCUUUGAACUUUGUGUGUUAUAAAUCUUUCUUGCCUUUAAUUAUUUAUUAGGUACUGAUAGAGGGGUUAUGCUGGCAUAUAUCAGCCAUCCUUUAAAAAUGACCUCUUAAUCAGGGAAAUAUUUGUUUUAAAAUAUUUAGCUUUAAUGAAUGUUUAAAGAAGAUUUUCUUUUGUGGUAGGUGCCUGGAACAUUAAGGAAGAUUCUUAUUUAUUUCAUUUUUCUGGGAAUCAUGUGUACUUGUCAAUAAACAGUUACGGAGAAGUGACCCUGAGUGAUUGUGUGUGCUUUUUAAUAGUUUUUGUUUCUUCUCUGAUCCUUAGACUCUUAAGCAUGUCCACGUGUAGCAGGCUCUUUUCUCCUUCUAAUUUUUGCCUCCAAACUACUAUGGUUUUGAAAAUCAGAUAUUUAUAUUUGUUAUAUAAUACUUUUUUUUUCCUUUUCUUAGUGUGUGAACUGUGUGACAUGUAUGUUGGCUACUUAGAGACCAGUUUACUUAGUCCUUGGCUGUGUUUUAAAUAAGUGAACUCUUUAUAUAUUUUGGGCCUGGUUAGCUGUAUAAGAAGUAAUAUGAAACUGAUAGUGAUACAAUUUGGGCUUAAAGGGUGAAGGAAUCCUUAUUUGCGAUUGUUGCCUUUCUCCUACACGUGAUUAGUUAUUGAGAUUUACUAUUCCUCCCUUUUUCAUGCCACCCAUUCUGACUUACUUCUUUGGAAUUAGAAUGGUAAUAACUGGACUGUUCCCGUUGUCUUUUGCUUGCAUAGCUUCAUGAGAGAACUCUUCCAAAGGAUAUUGCUAUGAUUAUUUCAUUUCCCUCCUCAAAAACCAUUAGCUGCUUUCCAGUACAGGCACUGAAUAAAGCCCAUAGUGUUUAGCUUGAUAUUUAGGGCCUUCUACAGACUUUCUCUACUUUUUUUCUGGCAUCAUCAUUACACUCCUAAAUGCAGUUCCUCUACCUGCCAAGGCCUCUGCUCAUGUACCUUCCUUUGUGUGUAAAAUUAUCCCUGAAAGUCUGCAUAUAAAAUGUUCCCUUUCUUCAUGAAAUCCUACUCACUCUCAUUUCAUUUCAGAUGACCCCUCUUCUUUGAAGUCUUUGUUGCUUAUGUUGUCUGUACUGCCUUUGCUAUAUUGCUUUGUAUUAUUUGUGCACCUUAUUUUUAUCCCUUUUAGAUUAUAAAUGCAUAGUGAACAGGAGGCUCAAAUAUCCAUGAAAAACUAGGACAUCUAGCACAGGGUCUACCAGAGCAUAGUUCAUAGACCAAGUAGAUCAGAAUUGACUGAACGUAUGGUUAAAAAUGCAGAUCCGGCAAGGCAUUGUGGCUCACACCUGUAAUCCCAGCACUUUGGAAGGCCGAGGUAGGAGGAUCGCUUGAAUCCAGGAGUCAAAGCCAACCUGGGCAACGUAGGGAGACCCAUCUCUACGAAAAAUUUAAAAAUUAGCCAGGCAUAGUGGUACAUGCCUGUAGUCCCAGCUACUUGAGAGGCUGAGGCCAGAGGAUCACUUGAGCCUCAGAGGCUGAGGCUUCAGUGAGCUGUGAUUACACCAUUGCAUUCCAGCCUGGGCAAGAAGAGUGAGGCACUGUUUAAAUAAAUAAAUAAAUAAAUAAAAUAAAAUAAAGCAGAUCCCUGAAUUCUGACCUAGACUUACUGAAUCAGAAUCUCUGGUGGAAUCUAGGAAUCUGCAUUUUAUCAAGCUGUCUGGAUGAUUCUUCCAUACAGUAAAAGUUAAAAGUCACUGACCUAGCCUGAUGCUUUAAAUUACAGUAGGUACUCAAAUAAUUUUUCAGCAAGUGAUGUUAAUGAACUGAGCAAUAUCAUAAUUCAGCAAACUGGUUUAAUUUUAGGGCCUUGAAGUCAGCCUAGAUUUGAGUCCUGGCUCUGUCACUAACUCUGGGCCCAUAACCUCUCUGCUUCAGUUUUCUGAUCUGCAAAAUGGGAUAAUGGUACCCCUUAUAAAAGUGUUGUGAUAACUAAGUGAGAUAAUACAUAUAAAACAACACAGUACACAACACAUAAUAAACUUACAAUAGAUUUUAUCUGCUGUCAUGAUGAUGCCUAGCACAACAGUGGUCACCGCAGUAAUAAUAAAACAUCAUGAAGAGAGGUUCCAGAUCAGUCAUUGUUAAUAAACAAAUUGCUCAUAUGGUUUUAAGAACUAAGGCUUAAAAUAUUUUCUAUUUUACAUUAACAGAUUGUGGCCCUAUGUGGUGUUUAAAGUCAUAAAGGUGUUUCCGCCUUCUUUAGAAGAAUUGGUAUCAAAUUAGCAUGUUAAGAUUUUUCCCCUUCAUCUCCCCACUGAUGGAAGAAUAAAGUGCAAACUUUUGAAUGGUGGACCUUAGCCCCUUACCAUCUGGCCCUACCAAUUCUUUAUUUUCUAGCCGUCUUCCCACAUAUACUCUACACCAACUACACUACAUUUCUCACUUUAUUUUGCAUUUCUCACUCAUUUGUGUUUGUGCAGAUGCUUACCCCUUCUUUUCAUCUAGUAUAUUUCUGCUGCUGUCUUGUGAAACUCAGUUUUACAUGUGACUGACCUCCUUAGUGAAGACAGUCACUCCCUCAGUGUUCUCAAAGUCCUUUGUCCAUACUUCUUAUAUAUUACCUUUGUGUACAUUUGUCUUUUUGGAGGGAAAAACGAUUUAAUCCUGGCAUGUAUUCCCACCUCUGCCAAAAGGCGAGGAUGUUUGUUUAUUUGACUCAUAUCAGCUCCUCCAUUUGUCUGGACGUCUCAGCUUUCACAAUAAUAACUAGUUUGUUGACCACUUACUUCAUGCCAGGUACUUAACUAGAUGCUUCAAAAACUUUAUUUCAUGUAGUCUUCACAAUAACUGUGAAAUAGCUAUUAAUAGCUUCAUUUUACAAGUGAGGAAGCAGGCAUAAAGAUAGGUAAGUAACUUGUUCAAAUUACACAGUAGUCAUAAGUGAACUCAGAACUAACUGAAGACCAUGCUUUUAAUCACAGUGCUCUUCUAAAAAUGAAAUUUAAACAGGUAGCCCAUUUCCCAAAUUCAGGAUCUUAAAACUGUGUGAAACUUUGAUUAAUCACUAAUCAUUCUUAGGAAUGUGAUCCAUAACAAGUACUAUUGUAAAAAGUUAUUUAAAACUGUUCUUGGAAUAAUGCGUUUCCGGUGAUUUUCAAAAUUUUUCUUUCUUCUCAUUCUGCCAUUGGUGAGCUUCAUUUUCAUUUCACUGUCAGAAGGUGUUGCUUCAUGUCUAUUGAUAAUAAAAUUCACUUUUCCAUUUAUCCAAUGAAUAUUUUUUAAUCAUAUGCCAGGCACUGCUCUGUACAAAACUGAACUGGACUGACAAAUCCCUGCUUGUGUGGGACCUAUUUUCUGCUGGAGAACAAACACUGAACUAACGGAUUAUGAUAAGUGCUAUAAAGAAUGACAGAGGGUGAAGUGACUAUGAGUGAUGGUGGCAGUAGUGCUAUUUUUGAUGGGGUGGUCAGAAGCAGCCUCUUUGAGAGGGUGACAUUUGUGUUUAAAUUUGAGACUUAAACACUGAGAUGAAGCAGCUCUGCCAAGAGACAGGAAAAGGGCAAUCCUGCAAAUGCAAAGGCCGUAGGGGGAAAUCAGCUUGGCAAGUCUGAGAAAUAGAAAGCCACGGAGGCUGAGUAGUGGGCUAGGAAAGGAGUGGGAGGAAAUGAGGUUAGAGAUGUAAGCAGUGAUCAGAUUAAAUGAAUCCUUGGCGACUAUGAUGAAGAGAUUAGAUUUUAUUCUGCAUGUGAAGGGGAGCCAUUGGAGAGUGUAAAGGACAUGAUUUGACUUAAAUUUUGAAAAGAUCACUUGGCUGCUUUGUGGAGAAUGAUUUGUACAAGAGUCAAGAGGGACCAGGGCGGAGGCUAAUGCAGAGGUCCUGGUGAGAAGUUGAUGAUGGCUUGAACAAGAAUAAAGUAAUAGAGAUGGACAAAAUUGGGCAAAAUUGGGAUAUUUUGGAUGUGGUAUUGAUAGGUCUUGCUGAUUAGUUACACGGGGUAUGAGAAGAAGAGAAAAGUCAAAUAUAACUUCCAAGAUGGGAAUGAGUGGAAGAGGAGCAGAUUUGGAGAGGGAAUUCAGAGUUCUGUUUUUGCCUUCCUGAUCACACUAUCCACUAAGGAUACCACUAUUCUGAAUUUUGUGUUUUUUUUCUCUGCCUUUUCUUUACAGUUUUUGCCACAUAUGUAUGCGACCUUAAAUGAUAAGAUGGCUAAUUCCCAUGUUUUAAAAUUUUGUAUAAAUGGAAUUAUACUGUAUAUAUUCUUGUGAUUUUUUUUUACCCAUUCAGCAUUGUUUUAUUUUUCUGCCCUGUGUGAACAAAUCAACACUGUUUUUCAAAAGCCAUUCAUGUUGAUGAGGAAGUAGGCAUAAUGAACUACCAAUUGUUAAUUUCCAUUGCUGUGUAACAUUUUAUUUUAUGAAUAUAUUGUAAUUUACCCAAUUGCCUGUUCUUAGAUAUAAGGGCUUCUUCACACUGCAUUCCCCCCCACCACAAUCCUCCCAGGAUUUUUGCAGUUUUAAGCAAUGCUGUUGUUAUGGACAUUCUUUUACUUAUUGCCUGGUGCACACUACAAGUUCCUGUAGAGUUUAUACUGAGAAGUGGAAUUGCUAAUCAUAGAGUAUGUGCGUCUUCAACUUUACUAGACAGUAAUAAAUUAUUUUCCAAGGUGUUUGUACCAGUUGAUACUCCCACUGGCUACAUUGCCAGUUUCUAUUCUUCUGCAUUUUCUCCAACACUUGGUAUUGUCAGAGUUUUUAAGUUUUGCUGAUUUGCAUAAAAUGGUAUCUCAUUGAGAUUUUAAUUUUUGUCUCUGAAAAUUAUUGAACGUGAGCAUCUUUUACAUAUGUUAAACAUUUUUAAUUUUAUCUUUUAGUAAGUACUUGUUUAUGUCUUUUGUCCAUUUUCCUAUUAGGUUGUCUUCCUCCUUCUUACUGUUUUUAAGAGUUCUCUGUAUUAGUUACACGUGUUGCAAGUAUCUUUUUUCCAGUUUUUGGCUUGUCUUUUCAUGUUUUUAAUGUCUUUUGAUGAUCAAAAGUGUUUCUUUUUUCUUUCUUUCUUUUUUUUUUUUUUUUUUUUUUGAGACAGGGUCUUGCUCUGUUGCCAGGCUCGAGUGCAGUGGUAUGAUCUCUGCUCACUGCAACCUUCACCUCCUGGGCCCAAGUGAUCCUCCCACCUCAACCUCCCAAGUAUCUGGGACUACAGGCACAUGCCACCAUGCCCGACUGAUUUUUUUGUGGAGAUGGGGUCUUGCUAUGUUGCCCAGGCUGGUCCUGAACUCCUGGGCUCAAGCGAUCCUCCUGCCUUGGCCUCCCAAAGUCCUGGAAUUACAGAUGUAAGCCACCAUGACUGGCCAAGUUUUCAUUUGACUGCUCAACUUUAUUUUUAUGGAUUUUAAAAAUGUUUUCUUUAUGAAAUAUUUCCCUAAAUCAAGAUCAUAAAGUUCUUUUCCUAUUAGAAGAAAUAACUUAUUUUUUUCUCAAGGAGAUAAAGUUUGCUUUCAUAUUUUAUGGGGAGGUGAAUUUUUUGGUAAGGAUUCAAUUUCAUGUUUUCCCAGAUUGUUAUUCACUGUCCUAGCACCAAUUAUUGAAUAGCUUAAUGUUUUUCUAGUGAUCUCUAUGCUGCUUCCCUGCCAUAUUUACAUGGGCAUGUUUCUGGGCUCUGUUCUCUGUUUCAUUGGUCUAUUUUUCUUCCCCAGGGUUGUUUAACAGAAUACAGUUGAUUCUUGUUAUUUACAGUACUUUUAUGUGAAGUUGCCAUGAACAGUGAAUUAGUGAAUAUGGAAAUUGUUACUCCUAGUGGAAAUAUAGGAUUAGGUUCCUGCGAGCCUCUGAUCAUAACAUUUUUGUCAAGUGAUAAAUAGAUAAUUUUGUUUUAUAUUAGUUUCUGUUUAAAGACAUUUAAUAUGUAUCAUUGAUUGGUUAACAUUGAAUUAACUGCAAACAGCCCUAAAUUCAUGCCUGAAUAAAGUGAUCUAAUUGUGCAUUUUCUCCAUAAGGCAUAUUGCAGCUUCCUCGUGCUUCAUGCUUUAGAAACACUAGAUGGCAUUUCAACACUACCCUUGGGGACCACUUAAAUAGUGAAGUCACCAACAAAAAGCACAAAAAUAUGAAAAGCAUGGCACUAGAUAGAUCAUGGAAAGGACACUUGUUUAUAUUUUGAGAGCUGAAACAAGAAGGCAUAGUGCCCCCUUGUUCUACCUCAGCAGGGAACAUACCCGUUGAACAACUCAAAUUUUUUGUCACUUUGUGCUUAUCUGCAAAUGACCACGAAAAUGCUGCAAGUAUUGAUUUUGUUGUAACAAGUACCUUUUGGCAAGUAGGGAAAUUUGUAGAUAGGGAAUUUGUGAAGAAUGAGACUCAACCUAUGAAAUACUGGGAGAGAGGUAGUUUUUUAGGAAACUUAGCAUUAGCACUUUCCCCUCUCUGUCAUAUUUACACAUAUCUUUAUAGCAUUUUAUUUUAAGAGAAUAAUGCUAUGAAUCUUUCUAAUACUAAGUCUUCUAAUAGAUGCCAUUAUGUCAAUAAAAAGGCUUUUUUUUGGGAAUACCUUUAUUAUAUUUAUAAUCAUGUUAUUCAUAGGUAAAUUGAAGGAAAUAAUUUUAGGAAAGAAUUGCAACUCUUAAAAUGUUGAAAACAAGUCUAAACUAUUGAAACUUUUAUUAUAUGAGAAUUGUGAGGAUCAUAUUUUCUCAUAGGCAUUAUUAAUAACAAGGCAUAAGUUUUGUAAAGGCAAAUGCCCUUUGGAGGUUGAAAUUUAAAUAUUGGCUCUAUUAGUCCCUCAUUAGUGAUGAUUUUCCUCAUGAACAUUGAUAAAGGAUUCCAAGAAAAAGAUAAAUGAAGAUUGUAUACAUCAUAAAUUAGAUCUCCCACUAAAUGUAUUUAUUGAGACUUGCCUGUUUUUAUCCCUCAUGAUUUAAGAUCCUCAAGUGAAUUAUUUGCAUUAAUUUGAUAAGUGCUGAGAGUAGGAAUCAGAAAUGGUAGACCUCACCUAUAUUCAUCUUUUUUAUAUAGUAUACACUAUAUUCCUGUAUUUUUCAAAAAUGUUUAUUUUGUAGUAAAAUGUACAUAACAUAAAAUUUAUCAUUUCAACCAUUUUAUAGUUUAGUGGCAUUAAGUACAUUCACAUUGUUAUGCAACCAUCACCAUCAAUCAGCUUCAGAAUUUCUUCUUUUUCCAAACUGAAGCUUUGUACCUAUUAAUUAAUAACUCUCCACUCCCCGUGCCCUCUGGCUCCUGACAAUCACCAUUCUACAGUGUCAAUGAACUUACCACUCUAGUUACCCCAUGUAAGUGGAAUCAUACACGAUUUGUUCUUUUGUGUCUAGCUUAUUUCAUUUAGCAUCAUGUCUUCAAGGUUCAUAUAUGUUGUAGCAUGUGUCAAAUUUUUUUUUAAGGCUGAUAGUAUUCUAUUGUAUGUAUCUGUCACAUUCUGUUUAUCCAUUUAUCUGCCUUUUGACUAUUGUAAAUAAUACUACUGUGAACAUUGGUGUACAAAUAAGUUUUGACUCCUGCUUUUGAUUCUUGGGUAGAUACCCAGAAGGGGAAUUGCUGGGUCAUAUAGUAAUUCUGUGCUUAAGUUUUUGAGGAACAAUCAUAUUUUCCACACCAGUUGUACCAUUUGCAUUCCUACCAGCUGUGCACAUAUAUUAAUAUUGAGUUACUGAGCAGCACCUAUUGUUCUGAAGUAUGUUAUAAAUUAUUAACUCUUGCAUAUGUGUUGUAAGGUACAGUAGGAGUACAAAAAUCAUAUAUUCAGUAUGAAAUCUUUUGUGGUUGUGUUUUUUGCUGAAUAACUUGUAGUGGCAAAUAUUUCUGACUGUGACAUGAUGGCACCUCUUUUGGAAUCUCCGUGGAGUAGAUACAAUUAUGUAUUCUAGCCGUAGCUGUGAAGAAUUUUUGUUUCUAAAGUACUUUGAUUUCAGAGUUUAUUAAUAAAUCUACUUUUCAUAUUACAUAAAAUAUAUUUGGUAUGCACAAUCAGAAGUGAUUAGAAAACCUACUGAUUAGCACAUUUAUGGGGUGUCAAUUAUAUGCAAGUUUCCAGUAUAUGGUAGAUACAAACAAGCAUUAGGAUGUGGUUAUUACUCUCAAGAGCUAUACAGUUUGAAGUCACAAGACAAACACAUGAAAGUUACAUUGCAACACAUGAAAAAUAAGGGUAUAUUAUUUAAAAUGAAAAGAUGAGAUGCCAGUAUGUGAUUAAUCGCCCACUGAGUAUUUCAGGCUGGAUUAACAUGAGCUUAGCUCAAAGGAAACAUCACUAUAGGGAGAGGUAUCUGAAAACGCUUCAUCUCUAAAGUAUAUAUUGAGUAGUGUGUUGAAGGAUGCAUAAAAUUCAGAUAGGUGGAGAGGUAAGGGCAAGCUCUUCCAAUUAAGGAGGAAUAGCAUAAAUGUCAGACAUUUUUGCUGUGCCAAAUCAUUAAUUGGCAUUAAUUUAGCAUAGUCCUUGGACCUAAAAAUUAGGUUAUUUAACAAAAAUUGCAAGUUAGUCCUCCAGCUCUAUAUUCCGUUCACGCUGCCAUGUUCACUAAGUGAUGAUGGUAAUAGUAAUAGGGGAAGCAGGAGAAGUAAUAGUAAACUAAUAUUUAUUAAGUGCUUUCUAUGUGCCAGGCACUGUGCUAACCACCCUUUACCAAUAUUAUCUCCAUUCAUUCUUCAGUAACCCUAUGAGCUAGGAGUUACGGGCUACUACCCCUUCCUGUGAGUGAAGAGGGGUAGACUUAGAGAACUUAAGUAACUUGCCCACAGUCACACAGAGUAGUGAAAUCAGUCAGGAUUUACAUACCCAGGGCGUUUAGUUUUAGAACCAGUACUUACUACCAUUGGGCAGUAUUGCCGUAGCACUAAAUGUAGGAGGGGCUAGUGGAAAAAAAAACAAAAACAAAUGUGGAUUUUUUUUUUUUUUAAUGACCUGCAAACUUUUGCAACCUUUAUGCGUGAUUGAUGUUUCAACAUUCUGGCAAUCCCUGGUUAUUAGCCAGGGUGGUUUGUAAACUGCUCUGGAAGGCUGUAGAGUGAUGAACUAGUGGUCUGUUCCUAAUGAGGCUUUUCCUUAACAUGAUGGCUUCUGUAGCUGCUCAAGAGCACAGUUAAUGGGGGUAAUCUGUUCUGUAAACAGCUAAGUAAUGACCUUAAACUUGUGUGUUCACAGCGGAAAGAAAACAUGCAUAUAUAAUUUUCUUCUGAUGAAACCUAAUGUAUUCAAGAAAAAGAAUCUUGCUUUUUGGAAGGAUGGAAAAAUUGGGAAUAAUUUUUUCCCCUUUGAUAAUUAGACCUCUCAGUACUGUUGCUUAGUUUUUUGGUUCAGUUACUUUGAUGUGGUUACAAGAGGAAUUUUGGCUGUAAUGGAUUUCAUACAUUUUUGUAAGUUAUGUUUCCAUGUCUUGUGUGUGAUGUUGUGUACUGUUGACAUGAAAUACUCCUUUUUUGGUAAAGAUGGAUUGGCUUAACAGAUUAGAGCUACAGAAAGUAUGACUUAGCAUGCUGGUAAGGCCGCAAAAACCCAAGCAAGUUCCCCCAGUUUCAUAUCCUGUAAAUAGAGAUAAGUUAGUUUUUCUGUUUCAGAGAGUGGUUAUGGAAAACUACUAGGCUUUAAAAUGAUUGUUAAUCUCAGUGUGGGGACAUUUGGUUUGGGGACAUCAGUUCAAGAGUAAAUGUAUCUGAUCCUGCUUUGAAUAAAUGCAACUUGAAAGCCUUGGAAUUUUACCAGAUCGAAUCUGGGCCAAAAGAAAGAAUGUCUAAUUUAAUAGGGAUAUAGACAGUUGGUUUAAACCAACAUUUUUGGACGAGGAGAGGCUAUGGAAAUGAAGAAAGAAGUAUUUAGAAAUAUCACACAAACAGCAUUUUAAGAAAGAAAGAUGGAUCAACCUAGUGGAAGAAGUUUCAUGCAAGUAUUAUGUGAAAAAUAUAGUCCUGAAAAUUUUCCUUAUCGCCGUGGCCCGGGGAUGGGAGUCCAUGUCCCAGCCACACCUCAGGGCUCUCCUAUGAAAGAUCGCCUCAACCUCCCAAGUGUACUAGUGUUGAACAGCUGUGGAAUAACCUGUGCAGGAGAUGAAAAAGAAAUUGCUGCUUUCUGCGCUCAUGUGUCGGAACUAGAUCUUUCUGACAACAAACUCGAAGACUGGCAUGAGGUCAGUAAAAUUGUGUCAAAUGUUCCUCAGUUGGAGUUUCUAAACCUGAGUUCCAACCCUCUGAAUUUGUCGGUUUUAGAAAGAACAUGUGCUGGGUCCUUCUCUGGGGUUCGCAAACUUGUCCUCAACAACAGCAAAGCUUCUUGGGAGACGGUCCACACGAUACUACAGGAGUUACCAGAUUUGGAGGAGCUCUUCCUGUGCCUUAAUGACUAUGAAACAGUGUCUUGUCCUUCUAUUUGCUGUCAUUCUCUUAAGCUACUACAUAUAACAGACAAUAACCUCCAAGACUGGACUGAAAUACGAAAGUUAGGAGUUAUGUUUCCUUCACUGGAUACCCUCGUCCUGGCCAACAAUCAUCUGAAUGCUAUUGAGGAGCCUGAUGAUUCAUUGGCCAGGUUGUUUCCUAAUCUUCGAUCCAUCAGCCUCCACAAGUCAGGUUUGCAGUCCUGGGAAGACAUUGAUAAGCUAAAUUCAUUUCCCAAACUGGAAGAAGUGAGAUUGUUAGGAAUUCCUCUUCUGCAGCCAUAUACCACCGAGGAGCGAAGGAAAUUGGUAAUAGCCAGAUUGCCAUCAGUUUCCAAACUUAAUGGCAGCGUUGUUACUGAUGGUGAACGAGAAGAUUCUGAGAGAUUUUUUAUUCGUUACUAUGUGGAUGUUCCACAGGAAGAAGUGCCAUUCAGGUAUCAUGAACUGAUCACUAAAUAUGGGAAGUUGGAGCCUUUGGCAGAAGUGGACCUAAGACCCCAGAGCAGUGCAAAAGUAGAAGUCCACUUUAACGAUCAGGUGGAAGAAAUGAGCAUUCGUCUGGACCAAACAGUGGCAGAACUAAAGAAACAGUUAAAAACUCUAGUACAAUUACCCACAAGCAACAUGCUUCUCUACUAUUUUGACCAUGAAGCACCCUUUGGCCCAGAGGAAAUGAAGUACAGCUCUCGGGCAUUGCAUUCCUUUGGCAUUAGGGAUGGAGAUAAAAUUUACGUGGAAUCCAAAACAAAAUAACCUCUACCAGCCUUGUGAAAAACAUACACAUAAGGACUUGUUGCAGGGCAUUUGUUUUUAAUGUGGUUUUCUUUAGGAGGGAGAAGGUUGUUUUUGUUUUGUUUUGUUCUGUUUAGGUUUGGGAAGGAUUUUGUAUAUUUUUCCCCCUGGAGUGAGUAGGGGGCCAUUUUGGGGUGUUUUCUACCACAGAUUGAUUUGGCUCAGCCAGUGGAAUUGGCCACAUUUCCAGUGUAUGUGCCCUCUCUAAGGAAAGAUGACAAAGAAAUCACCGACUUCUUACUGUGUUCACUGGGAUUUGCCUGCCACUUGGUUAUCAUUACUGUUGGGUGAACUUGUGAAGAUAACAUGAACACUGUAGCCCCUUAGAAGGGUCUCAUAGAGAAUUUAAACAGGGUGACAAGGAAUCUUCACAGGAAGGGCCAGAACUUCUCUCUCCCAGUUCUUCCUUCCGCUACCCUCCCUCCUUGGCUUUUUUGGUUCAGUUCUGUUUUUUUUUCAUUUUGACGUGUGGUUUACCUAAUAGUUUUGUUCUGUUCAUAAUUCUUAUUUCUCAACCUGGGUGAUUUUUUUGUUCUUAUUUCUCCCUUUUGAAAUAAUUGAAAGUGUUUUAAGCAUUUUUCAACCUGAUUCUAAUCUCAGGUACGCAGUAAGAAGCUAUAACUCUGUUAGAACCUCGAAGAAGAGUAGAUGUAGAAUGAAAACUCCAGGAAAACUUGCAGUUAUUCUGGAAGCACCGGCAGAACAGUCUGAUCUCUUUGUAUGUUACUAACUCACUUUUAAUGUCCCUGUACAUUAUGUCAGCCAUUACUUUCAUAACAUGAAAUAUGUCAGAUUCCAGAGUUCUUUUAUUUUUGCUUAUUGAAUAUAUUUCCUCAUAUCUUUCUUUUUCAUUACUUUAAACUAUUGGGAAUUGAGGCCUGACUUCAUAAAUAAUUCAAUAGAGUCCUGGAUACGUGCACCAGGAGAGUUGAGAAUUAGCUCAUAAACUAUCUGUGGUGUGUGUGGGGAAUGAAGUUGGGGGAUGUGGGGGAAGAGCUUAUGACUUUCCCACCUGUGUCAUCCAUUGGAAGCCCUUGCUCUUGCACUUUGCAUUAAAAGUGGGAAACAUUAAUCAAAGGGAGAUUUUAUUCCCAGGUUUUCCCUGGGACUUUGUGAUGUCAUAAUUGAACAGUUCUUUUGUUUUACAUUUCGAUUUAGUUGCCUCAUAGAAGUAUAACUGCCCAAUCUAUGAGUAAAGUGUAAGUGUCAAAACUUUACAAUUGCCUCCAAGUCAUGUUUUUUGCAGAAGCACAUUUAAAGCACUUUUCUGUAAAAGCUAGUUCCUUACCUGCUUGGAAAUCUUUUUGUUUGUUCUUCUAUUCCUUUGUUAAUCAGAUGUAAUCCCUUUCUUUAAUGUGUGUUUUUCUCGGUCCACCGUGUUUACAGAUGGGAGACUUGAGAGAUACUUAGCAUAACUGGGGCAGAAAGUGUGUAAGUGAAGUAUUUUUCAAAGAAUGCAGUUAUUAUCUGAUUGCAUUUGACCUUUUGACCUUUGUUACAUAAUUCUACCCCUCCUACAAAUUUAAUUUUUUAAUGAAAUUUUUAGGUGACUUGUAAAUUCUUCUUGUAUGAGGAGUUGUGUUUAUUAAUGCCACUUUUUAAAUUUUCCUGUGCCAUGUGGCAGAUGUUUAUUCUCUUAAUGCACUUCAGGUUUGCUAUCUGUAAAGCCUUUGACCCAGGCCUACUGAGUCAAAUCUACAUUCAGUGUAACAUUAAAGGUGGAAACCAAAGGGUUUGAGAAAGACGAAUAAGGCCUAUUCUCCUUCUGCUGCAGACUUUAUCUUUCAAAAUCAUAAAAAUGAGCAAUGGAGAUCCAGGCUGGGUAUAGACAAGAAUAAUUAUUUUGCAAACACAUUUUCCUGACAGAUUUUUGGAAGUAGGAAAAAAGUAUGGCAACAGUGUCAUGAAGAUUGAAACUGUAGGUGCUUUGUGUAUGUAUGCAUGAGUGCAGAUGAGUUUGAGAGAGAAAAAGUGUAAUUGAGCCCUUUGCUUUUGUCAGCCUGGGAAACAGAUGAGUUCUUAUUUUUUGAAGUUGUGUGACCCUGGACUGUCCCACAGCAGAAGGCAGAACAAACACUUAUGUUAUGCUUUAAUCAUAAGUGGAAUGGUCACAAUUAAUAAGAUAUUUUAUAUAUGGCAAAGUUUUAUGAAAUGCUUUUUUACUAUUAGAGACCUGUUUCUUCUGUUAUUACAGAACACAGUGUUUAUCAACUGCGGACAUAAUUCUUUUAUUAUACAGUUGCAUGUAAAGGGAGCUUCUCAUUUAAUUCAGCGGAUGUGGGUAUUUUUAGGGCAUUGUAAUUGAUGGUUUUAAUAAUUGCUGAAUAAUUUUUGAUUAAGAGAAAAAUGUAAUACAAUUACUGGUGUGAGUUACAGAACAGAAGUUAAUGAAAAAGGCUAUUUGAGCAUGUGUACUUAUAGAUUCAUUUGGGUGGCUGAGAAAAGAUGCUGCUUUUGAAAUAAAAUUGGUGCUGUGUA